UGAGGUGAUGCCGUGAGAGGGUAAAAAUGAAAAGACUCGCUGGAUCGUCCUCUGGUGCUGUCUGCCGUUUGCACAAGAAUUUUCUCAACUCAGCAGAGUCCGGAGGUAUCUGCCGAAAUGACCUUUUUUUCGGCACCACCGACCAUCAUGAGCUAAGUAGAACGAGACGCGUAACGCGAU